CCAGUGACAACACAUCAUCUAAAGUUACCUGCUGACGUUUUCAUAAAACACCUUGAAUAGCGCAGGAGAGGCUGGGAGUCCUGUUCACACUGACUGGAGCCAUCACUGAGGCACAAUGGAAUAAUCAACUCUUCUGUCAUUCUGAUAGCUGAUUAUUACUCUGGUUGUUUUUGUUUUUUUUCUCAGCAUGGAAUGAUAUGGGACCCUGUGAAAGGUUGCGAUGGAAACCCUGCCAAUAGGUUGGACUGUGCACACCUGUGACCAGGAAGGAGAUGGGGCAGGACUGCUGAAUGGGGGAGUCCCCGACACCAGCACAAACACACAUGUCCAUGAUCUCUUUCAUGAAGAUGCACAGCGCUUCCAGCAGUCGAGCCAGCCAUGGUGGAGGAUCAAAGUGUUUGUGUGGGAGCCGGUGCUCUUCGGUACCUGGGAUGGAGUUUUCACCACCUGCAUGAUCAACAUCUUCGGUGUGGUGCUGUUCCUACGUACCGGCUUCCUGGUGGGGAACACGGGUGUGCUGCUCGGGAUGCUGCUGGUCUCUUUGGUCGUGCUGGUUGCUUUAGUGACGGUGAUGUCGGGGAUUGGAGUGUGUGAGCACUGUGGCAUUGGGAGUGGAGGAAUCUACUCCAUGAUCUCCACAGUCCUGGGUGGCAGGGUGGGGGGCACUGUUGGCCUCCUUUAUGUGUUUGGACAGUGCGUAGCUGGAGCCAUGUACAUCACAGGUUUCUCUGAGUCAGUGGCGGAGGUGCUGGGUCUACAGAGCCAGUGGGCGGUGCGCGGCAUGUCUGCGGUGGUGCUGCUGGCACUGCUUGGAAUCAACCUCGCCGGUGUUAAGUGGAUCGUCCGACUCCAGCUGCUGCUGCUGGCUGUGCUGGCCGUCUCCACGCUGGACUUUGUCAUUGGCACCUUCACACACCUUGACCCAGAGCAUGGUUUCAUUGGUUAUUCAGCCGGGCUGCUCAAAAGUAACACAAUGCCAGAUUACAGCCUAGGAGAAAACUUCUUCACAGUCUUUGGGGUCUUUUUCCCUGCUGCUACAGGGGUUAUGGCAGGAUUCAACAUGAGCUCAGACCUUCAGCGGCCUGAAAACAACAUCCCUGUGGGAACUCUCGCAGCUGUCUUCACCUCGUGGUUCCUGUAUCUGGUCUUUGUCUUCCUCCUUGGGGCCAUCUGCACCAGAGAAGCUCUGCGCUAUGACUUCUUGAUAGCAGAAAAGGUCUCCUUGGUGGGUUUCCUCUUUCUGCUGGGCCUCUACAUCUCCUCCCUGGCUUCCUGCAUGGGCGGCCUGUACGGAGCACCCAGGAUCCUCCAGUGCAUCGCUCAGGAGAGGGUCAUCCCCGCUCUGGCCUUUCUGGGAAGAGGGAAAGGCCCAAACAGGACUCCGGUGGCAGCUAUCUGUCUGACCAGCCUGCUGACCAUGGCCUUCAUUUUCAUCGGUCAGGUCAACGUGCUGGCCCCCAUCGUCAGCAUCAACUUCAUGCUCACCUACAGUUUCAUCGACUACUCCUACUUCAGUGUGGCCAUGACCUUCCAGCUGCAGACUAAAGAGAAAAGGGACACCCUCAUCCCAGCCAAAAUAAACCACCGUAGGUCAACCAGGCAAAGCUCUACGCCUCUGAUUGAGGCCACUCUCCCAAACUACGGGAGUGCAGGCGAGAAUUCACAGGGUAAAGGCACUUUACUGGAGUUCACCAAGGACAUGGACCAGAUCUUUCCCUCCACGUCAAAUGUUGAUGCUGGGGCUGAGAAGUCCAACUCCAUGCAAGAGCUGGGCGGUAGAUGCAAAGGCAGAAAGGCUAAUGUUACCACUAAGCAGAAGCUGAUGGACAGCUUUGGCUUGGACCAAAACAGCAACAUGUUCUCGGAAGAGAGAGGAGAUGAGACAAGUUCAGCUCCAUCGCUUAAGGAAGCUGAGUUGCGGUGUGAAGGCAGAGAGCCCAGAGCUGCAGAAGAACCACAAGUAAAAUGCCGUUUCAAAAUACAACAAGCUGAACAGGAUCCUUCAGCUGAGCAUCAUAAUCACAGCACAGGUGCUGGAGGUAAACCAGCACACCAGAGCUUUGAAAUCCAACCCAUGCAGGAUUCAGUCUAUGCAAAGUUCUGCAACCACUGGGUUGCUCUUAUCGGGGCAUUGAGCUCCAUACUGAUCAUGUUUGUUAUUCAGUGGGUUUAUGCCGUAGCAAACAUAGUCGUGGCCUUGCUGCUCUUCCUCUACAUCGGGAAAACAAGUCCUGGAUUACCUACAGGUAUUGCAGCAAGAUUCAGCUUCUUCACUUGGCUCAAAUCAACACUGAAUAGCAUUUUCAGGAGGGAAGGAUCUCCUCGGGACGAGAUUGUAGUCACACCCUCUCUGUCUGGGGUCGGGAUGAAAACCAAGCAGCUGACGGAGGAAAAUGCUGACUUUGCCUCUCGUCACCGCUUUCACCAAUCCUCAUUCAUCAGGGCCGACAAGAUGGUGCAACCACCGCUUCACUGACUGACUCAAACACUGCCUCUGUUACAUGUCAUAUAUGUCAGCCUGAAACCACAUUUUCUGCCUCAAACUGCGCCUCAUGUAGCCCUGUGGGCCACAUUCUGCACACAUAUUGUAUUAUAGAGACGUUCAGUGGCUCAGGGAGGAAAUCUGAGUUUCUUCUAGAGUUGCGCUAAAUGUGUUGGUGUGAGAGAAAACGAAAGAUAUAUUUGUGGACUGGAGAAAGCUGGAGGUGGUUGAGUUUUCCAUAAAAGUAAACCUAGUUUAUUUUGUCUUCUACUUCAUGGCUUUAACUUUGACUGAAUUAUCGCUAUCUUUAAAAUUCUUCACUGUUUUGCUGUCAGAUUACUAUACUGCUGGGUAACUUCCAAGAAGUCCAGUCACCAUGGUGCUCAUGUAGCUUAAAUAUUCUGUGUACAUGUGACACAAAGGUUUAAUUAAAAUUUGUUAGUUCA